GCGGAGCCAUCCCUGCAAAAGCCUGACAGGACGGGCUGGUACAGUCACAGAAAUCCUGGCUAACUCAGCAGUCAGAGGCGGCGGCAGCAUGGAGCGCGACCCGCCUGUUUUCGAUAAGCCCAAGGUUGAACUUCAUGUCCACUUGGAUGGAGCCAUUAAACCAGAAACUAUUCUACACUUUGGCAAAAAAAGAGGAAUACAUCUACCUGCAGAUACAACAGAUGGCCUUCUGAAACAAAUUACUUGUGAUAAACCAGGAUGUCUCACUACUUUUCUUCAAAAGUUUGAUUUGUACAUGCCAGCUAUUGCAGGUGACCGAGAAGCUAUACGAAAAAUUGCUUAUGAAUUUGUGGAGAUGAAAGCAAAGGAGGGUGUGAUCUAUGCUGAGGUGAGGUACAGCCCUCAUCUUCUUGCCAAUUGUGAAGUAGAUCCAAUCCCAUGGAACCAGAAAAAGGGAGAUGUUACUCCAGAUGACGUCGUUAACUGUGUUAAUCAAGGAUUAAAAGAUGGAGAAAAGGAUUUCAACAUCAAAGUCAAGUCUAUUCUCUGCUGCAUGCGUGACAAGCCAUCGUGGUCGCCAGAAAUACUGAGACUGUGUAAGAAGUAUUGGAACGAUACAGUGGUUGCUAUAGAUUUAGCUGGAGAUGAAUCGAUUAUUGCUGACUGUUCAGGCCACCUAGAAGCUUAUAAAGAAGCUGAAAGCUCUGGUAUUCAUCGGACUGUUCAUGCUGGAGAGGUUGGAUCAUCCCAAGUCAUCAAAGAGGCAGUCAACAUUCUUAAGACAGAACGAAUUGGCCAUGGCUACCACGUCUUUGAGGAUGAACAGCUUUACAAACAAUUGUUGGAACAAAAUAUACAUUUUGAGCUCUGUCCUUGGUCUAGUUAUCUCACUGGAGCAUGUAAAACCAGCUUCAAAGAACAUCCCGUUAAAAGAUUUAAGAACGAUGGUGCAAAUUACUCCUUGAAUUCAGAUGAUCCACUCAUUUUCAGAUCCACAAUUAACACAGACUAUAGAAUUACUCAAGAAUACAUGGAAUUUACAGAACAGGAAUUUGAGAAAAUGAAUAUAAAUGCAGCAAAGUCCUGCUUCUUGGAAGAAAAAGAGAAAAAGGAGCUUGUGUACAAGCUACAAAAAGCCUAUGGGAUGGUAAAAAGCACAGAAUUCUGAACUCUUCUGUACCAGGCAUCAGUUUGUUUUCUUGACCAAUGUUAUGCUUGCCCAAAGUCUUUGUUUUGCUUCUUGGAAGACAAUGAGCAAACUUCGUAUUACUCUUGUUUACUCUUAAUAACUACCGAAUGUACAAAACAGUAUUCUUAUGAUGGUAGGUACCAUGAGUUUAAUUUUUAAAAAAAAUUUUAAAUGGAAUGUAAGCUGCUCAGACAUCUAGAGAUUGGAAAUAGGGAUACAUUUAUUGCAAUUACACUCACCAUCUCUGGUACACCAAAUCUGCAGGCCAUUAUUAUUUCAAAACUUACCAGUAGGUCAAAUAAACUAUUUAUUUGAAACAGCAGUCAAAACCUAUCUCAGACAUUUUUAAAAUAUUUUUUUUAAAAAAUAAUCUGCCUCACUAAAUUAUCUACAAGUGAUGUCUUUUGUGCACUCCUACAUUAACAAAAGGGAGAAAGAUCAUAAGUAUUGUUAAGAUUGAUUUUUUUUUUAGAAAAUCAUAUUGUGCUCAUAAAUCUCAGAAAAGCAAACAUACUUUAUCAUUUAAUUUGAUUAUAGAUGGAUCUUAUUUCUCUACUUUAUUUUACUUACACUGAAUAGUAGUUCAUGUUUUUUUGCCAUUUCGUUCAUUUCAAUGGUAUCAAAAUAUAUUUGACCCAGUGAAAGUUGUAUGGUAGAAAUUCUCGUAAUGCUGAUUCAACAUUUGCCUUCUCAAAAACCGAUCUUGCCUAAAAUGUCUUAUGCUGGAGAUGUGCCAUGGGAAAAAACAGUAUUUUAAAAAAUAGAAUUGCAUAGAAUUUCUGUUCUUAUAGGGAUUGUAUAGAAAUGCAAAUUUAAAGUUUGUAUUCUAACCUAUUCACUGAGCCAUUUGUAUUUUUCUUAUCUGUACUAUAUGUUUAACUGGAAUUAUGUGAUUUAACUAUAGCAUACUGACACUUUUGUUUAUUUUUUGAUUGUUGAGCUAACAGAAAGGCAACAUUAUCUAAUGGUGCUCAGUUACCUUGUUUUAACUGGAAUAACACCCCCCACACACACAAACAAAUUUAAACUAAAUAUCUAGUACUAAACUGACUAUUUUAUUGGAUUUUGUUCCCUAAGGAAACUAAAAAACAAAAUGAGUUAAUUGUAAGGUGCUUCAGUUAACUGGAUUAUGAGGAAAGCUGUAACCAAUAUGUAGUAUAAUGAAAUUAUUGUUUUGAGCAGGAAAAUACAAUAGCAAAUGCAAAUUAAAAUCAUAGCCAACAAUUCUCAUUCCCAAAUAAUAUGCUAGAUGCCUUUAAUAAUUGUAAGUUUUUUUAUUUUAUUUUGCAUUGACUAUCUUUGAAGCCCCAAUUUAUAUACUCAGGAACUUAGAUCCAUGUUUUUAUAUUAUAGUGUGAAAGUCUUGCACAUUCAAGAUUUAAGCUGGUAUAUUAUGAAAUUGGUGUCUUACACUGAUUUACAGUUUUUGUUGCAGAAAACCCCAAAUAUAAGUUCUUACGGGCUUAGAUCUCAAGUAAGUCUUACGUGCAAAUCAUACUAUUACUUGUUUCUGUAUACCUUGUAAGUAGCAACAACAUGAAGUU